AUGAGCGCGCUACCUCUGGAGGACCAGCUGAGGUCCAUGAUUCUGAAGAAUAGUGGUCCUUCAGACAGUGGUCCACCCUCGUCAGACGGCCAACUCCCCAUUUCAAGCGACAACUCCUCAGCGGCACAGGCCACCCCUCAGCGCUCUCCACAGCACCCGCUCUCGCAACCGCGCACUGGACGUUAUUCAAACCGACCGCAAUCACAGCAGCUUCCCCCAGGUUCUGCAGGCUCACCCCAUCAAAUCCGCCACAGCCCGCACCAUGGACGCGGCCAAUCAGGCCCCGGACGCCCGUACUUUGGUCAAGGAUCUCCUCAGCAACGCCAGCAUGGCUUUCCCUCGCCUCAUGCCAGCCCUGGUUAUGUUCCACCCCACAUGCGUAACCGCAGCAGUGAAUGGCACCAGCAAAGAGGAGGCUUCCAUCAAUCCAGGGCAUCUUGGCAGCCCCAACAGCAGCAGGGACCUCACUUCAGCCCUUCCGCACCAGGCGUGCCUCCCAACUCAGGCAACUUUGGCUCUCCACACGGCUACAAGCAGGGUGCCCCGGGACCUCCCCCCUUCCAGAUCCUGCAAAGACCGAGCCCGAGCGGACCCGUGAAUGGUCCAUUCCGCCCUGGACCCCCGCUUUUCAAUCCCAACCAGCGUUAUCAGCAGCAUCAACUCCAACUCCAAGAAAAGCUUCAGGCACAGUGCAGGUAUCUGGGCAAUCUUGCUGCGAUUGAAAUCCCGAAGGUUGCUAUGACCGAUGCCGAGCUGAAGGAGAAAGAUGAUUUCAUUCUGAGACUUCAGCAAAUAUGCCAGAGCGAGAUAGGCGCUUUCCCUGAAGUUCCAAGCAUUCAGUUUAAGUGCUUUGGGAGCGUAGGUACUGGUUUCGCUACGAAAGGUUCCGAUAUCGAUCUGGCCGUGGUUACAGAGAACGGCGAUGAUACGGAGUUGGCGCAGAAGUUUGGACCCCGCGCUCUGGAGAAAAUUUUCCUUGAUCAUGGUUUUGGUGCCCGCCUUCUUACGAACACGCGUGUCCCUAUCAUCAAAUUCUGCGAGAAACCGUCAGCAGAGUUGCACGCGAAUCUAAUUGCGGAACGCAAGAAGUGGGAUGAUCUCCCCGAGGAGGAAAAGAAAGCUCUCCUAGAAGGCGGCAGAAAGUCUCCUGAUGAUGAAAAGGCGGCUGAGGACCCCGAGGGUGCAGAUGCUGCAGUUGGCGAAGAAUCACCAACACUGAAGGACGAUAACGCGCUUCACCCGGACAAGAAGACACCGUCGAGACGGAAGAAAAGCGGUAGCCCCACUGCGGCAUCCUCAGCCAAGGACGAUAGUAAUGAUACUACACAUAAGGAGGUGCCUACAGCAGGUGGUGAGAAAGCGGCGUCUCAACCAGAUCCUAACGGUCAGGAACAAGUUGCUGGAGAUGAGUCCGCUGCAGGCCAGAAGCGCGACCGCCGUCCGGAGAAGCCGUGGUUGCGUGAGAAACCAAUGGGGCCGCUCGAUUUCCCGAAGGACGGCGUUGGCAUUCAGUGCGACCUCAACUUCGCUGGUCACCUGGGCAUCUACAAUACGAGGCUCCUCCACUGUUACGCAAUCAGCGACCAGCGCAUUAGAGAUAUGGUGAUAUUCGUCAAGGCUUGGGCCAAAACGCGCAAGAUCAACAGCUCAUAUAAUGGCACCCUGUCAUCUUACGGUUACGCCCUGAUGGUUUUGCACUACCUCAUCCGAAUCCCCGAGGAGCCAGUUACCCCCGAUCUGCAACAGUUGACUAACUUUACCGCAAUUGGCCAGUCUCCGGAGGUAGUAGACGUCAUAUGCAACGGACAUGUCGUCAAAUUCCUUGCGGACAAAGAGUACAUCCUUGAAAAGGCCCACAAAGGACAGUGGACGUGCAACAAGGAUUCGCUAGGCUCGCUGUUGAGAGGCUUCUUCCGAUACUACGGAUGUCCUGGAGUGCCCGAUCGUGUUGGAGGUUUCCAUUGGACGCGUGACGUGAUCACUUUUGGUCAGCGGAAGCCCCAAGAAAGGAUGGUCACGAAAGAGGAGCUGGGUUGGACGAAGGCGCGCGUGGAAAAGGCUAGCAAAAAAGAGGUCCGCCACCGCUACCUUGUCUGCAUCCAAGACCCCUUCGAACUCGACCACAACGUCGGCCGCACGGUCAACCACCAAGGCAUCUGCGCCAUCCGCGAGGAGUUCCGCCGCGCCUGGCGGAUCCUCGACGAUGAGGCCAACGGCCGCCCGCACAAGGACCUCUUCGCAACUGUCGAGGACGACCCGCCGCCGCCACAGUUCGUCGGCGGUGGCCAGCACAGGCCGACCCCAAGUACUGCCACAACCGACCCGACGACGGACCCUUCGACGAUGGCGGCGACUCAGCGAGGUGGCGAACCUGGCACUGCCCCAUCUGUCGGCCACGCCGACGCUGGCGUAGAGACACUUGUUAGAAAGGGCAUCGUCUCGACCGUCGACGGUGCGAGGCGACCCUCUGCUGCGGGUAACGGUGCGAACGGCUUCGGUGCGGAGGCCAUCGCUAAGGUGAACGGGAAGCUGGCCGAGGCGGCGAAGAGGCAAGCCUCGACUUAA